UAGAACUUUCUGUGUGGUGGAGAUGCUCAGUGAGUCUGUGUGCUGCUGAGUACCUGAAAUGUGGUCACACAACUCAGGACUGGAUUUUUAAUUUCAUUUAAUUAAUUUGAAAUUUACAACUUCCCUCCUGAAUAGCAGAAGACCAAGGCCAGAAAGCUUGGACUGUACUGAACUUAGAAAUGUUCUGAGAGCGGGCUCUGAAGGUGUCUGGAGUCUUACAGGGGGGCCUGGCUGCCCCCAGAUCAGUGCUUCCAGGGAGUCCCUUCACACAACCACCUUUGGUGAGGGGCCGUUCUGCCCCCAUCAUGUCAGCUCCUGGGUGCUUGCAGGACCCCAGAGGAAACCUGCAGGGGAAUCGGUUGCUUCCAAGGUGUUCACAUUGCAGAGUGGCCUGGAAAAGGUCUCUCGAAUCAGCUAGAAGGCUGGUGGCCCACGCAAUCCGAGUCCAGGGCUCAGCCGGCUCUGGGGCAGCUCUCCUGCGGAUGAAUGGGCCCAAGGCCCCCGUGGGGCCACUUGCAGGAUUACUGGGGCCCCAGGUCCCAGGCAGCCACCGCUGGCUUCUACCUUCACAGCUAAACUGGGCCCCUUUCCAGUGACAUUGACUCCGUCUGUACUUCCACUAAUUUUUCUGCUGGGAAUGAUUGACAAAGGGGAGAAAACCAUUGUGGUGUGUGACGCGUUUGGGGAUGUUGUGGAAAAACAGUCUGAGGGCUGUUUGUUCAUUUGGAGGGCUUGGCAGCGGAGGGUGAAGGUUCGUUGGGUCCGAACUCCAACUCUCCCUCCGCCUGGCCUGUUUCCGAAGAGUUAACUUGGGGCACCCGUGACGUCAGUCCUGAUCUUUACACCCUCCGCUUGAGCAAUCGCCGCCUCCUCGCGGGGCCGGCGCUCAUUGGCUGCGGGCAGGACUUCCCCCAGGCCGGCUUUUCUCAAUUAAGUAAAAGGGCAGGGCCCGAGUCGCUUAUGACAGCUGCGCCCCGGCUUCCCUGGAGCAAGUGUGCGGCCCGGGCUGCGUUCCCCGGCUCCCCUCGGCCCCGCGCGCCCGGCUCCCGGUCAGCAUGCUCUGCCUGUGCCUGUACGUGCCGCUCAUCGGGGAGACCCAGACCGAGUUCCAGUACUUCGAGUCCAAGGGGCUCCCCGCCGAGCUGAAGUCUAUCUUCAAACUCAGCAUCUUCAUCCCUUCCCAGGAGUUCUCCACCUACCGCCAGUGGAAGCAGAAAAUUGUGCAAGCUGGAGAUAAAGACCUCGAUGGGCAGCUCGACUUUGAAGAGUUUGUCCAUUAUCUCCAGGAUCACGAGAAGAAGCUGAGACUGGUGUUCAAGAGUUUGGACAAGAAGAAUGAUGGCCGGAUCGAUGCCCAGGAGAUCAUGCAGUCCCUGCGGGACCUGGGAGUCAAGAUAUCCGAACAGCAGGCCGAGAAGAUUCUCAAGAGAAUACGAACGGGCCACUUCUGGGGCCCUGUCACCUACAUGGAUAAAAACGGCACGAUGACCAUCGACUGGAAUGAGUGGCGAGACUACCACCUUCUGCACCCUGUGGAAAACAUCCCCGAGAUCAUCCUGUACUGGAAGCAUUCCACGAUCUUUGAUGUGGGUGAGAAUCUGACGGUCCCCGAUGAAUUCACAGUGGAGGAGAGGCAGACGGGGAUGUGGUGGAGACACCUGGUGGCCGGAGGCGGGGCGGGGGCUGUAUCCAGAACUUGCACGGCGCCCCUGGACAGGCUGAAGGUGCUCAUGCAGGUCCACGCCUCCCGCAGCAACAACAUGUGCAUCGUGGGCGGGUUCACGCAGAUGAUUCGAGAAGGUGGAGCCAAAUCGCUCUGGCGAGGCAACGGCAUCAACGUCCUCAAAAUUGCCCCCGAGUCGGCCAUCAAAUUUAUGGCCUACGAGCAGAUCAAGCGUCUCGUGGGGAGUGACCAGGAGGCUCUGAGGAUUCACGAGAGACUUGUGGCUGGGUCCUUGGCGGGGGCCAUCGCCCAGAGCAGCAUCUACCCGAUGGAGGUUCUGAAGACCCGGAUGGCCCUGCGCAAGACAGGCCAGUACUCGGGCAUGCUGGACUGCGCCAGGAAGAUCCUAGCCAGAGAGGGGGUGGCCGCCUUCUACAAAGGCUACGUUCCCAACAUGCUGGGCAUCAUCCCCUAUGCUGGCAUAGACCUAGCCGUCUAUGAGACGCUCAAGAACGCCUGGCUGCAGCGCUACGCGGUCAACAGCGCGGAUCCUGGCGUGUUCGUGCUCCUGGCCUGCGGCACCAUGUCCAGCACCUGCGGCCAGCUGGCCAGCUACCCACUGGCCCUGGUCAGGACCCGGAUGCAAGCCCAAGCCUCCAUCGAGGGCGCUCCAGAGGUGACCAUGAGCAGCCUCUUCAGACAGAUCCUGCGGACCGAGGGGGCCUUUGGCCUGUACCGGGGGCUGGCCCCCAACUUCAUGAAGGUGAUCCCAGCCGUGAGCAUCAGCUACGUGGUCUACGAGAACCUGAAGAUCACCCUGGGCGUGCAGUCGCGGUGAUGGGCCAGGGGCAGCCGCGCCUCGCUCAGCGGACUCACGGAUCCCGGGCCCGCAGCCCUGGGGUGCGCAGCCAUCCAUUCUGUGAAUGUGCCAACACUAAGCGGACUAAAGCCAAGCUGUGAAAAGCCUGGGAUGCGCCCACGAGGGAGUGGGGGAGGGCCCGGCAGGCCCACCGGCUGCGUCCUGCUGACCCUGGCCAGCCGGCACGUCUGUCCCAGGGGCCAGCAGGACACGGGCAUGUGCACGCAGGGACACAACGUCUCCAGUGGUGCCUGCCGGAUGGCGGGGCCCGGAGCCGGCUUCGUUCUUCCAUCGCGCGGCCAGACCACCAGCCGCGGGCCCUGCCCUUUGGCCUGCCGGGCGCCCACCCCGUGCCCGUCUUGCUUCCUUCCUCGCUGCCGUGUUAAUAUGGUAGGAGGAGGGCACCAGCCCUCCCCCAUGUUAGUCCUCGCCCCUCUCCCCUUGGUCCAAGCGGGCCUGGCUUCCCGGCCUGCAGGGUCCCCUCUGGCCAGGUUGUGCCAGCCAGAGGGAGGAGGAGUCUGGCUUUGUGCUCACCCUCAUCUGAGCCCUGCUGUUGGCUUCUGAGCUUCCCGACAGACGGGCCCCUGGAUGUGCGUGUGCAUGCGGGGGACAGGGCCCAGCACCUCCACUGGCCACCUGGCAUCCUGGCGCGUGGCUUCCCAGAAGGCGCAUGCUGGCCCCUUGCUGCUCCUGCUGCCGGCGGGUAGGGAGGCGGUUGGCAGGGCUUGGUGCUCUGAGCUGGCCCCAGACUCUGUCAGGACUGGAGCCGGCUCAGAACCAAAACUCCCUGUCCCCGCUCUGGAAUGAGAACAGAGUGGGCAUCCCGGAGUUGCGGGAAGGGGCAGCCGCUGCCCCGCAUCUGUGCACCCUGAUGAGAGAUGGAAAAGGUGUUCAAGGCCUUAACUAGGUGUCAUUGGGCAAAGGGUUUUUGUUCAGAAGGACAAGCUGGACAGAUGGGUACAUUCUGUGCUUCCACAGACAAAGAGGGUAGAGAGCCUGGCCGAUUGCAUUAAAAAGUCUGUUUCCGAGCCCCUGGGGAUUCAUGUCCGAUCCCAGUCGGGGCAGAGUGGGACCAGCCUCACAUUCCACUGAUAGAGGGGGUCACACUGCUUGGAGCCUAUUUAUUUCGUAUUUAUUUGAACAGAGUUAUGUCCUAACUAUUUUUAUAGAUUUGUUUAAUUAAUAGCCUGUCAUUUUCAAGUUCAUUUUGUAUUCAUAUUUAUGUUCAUGGUUGAUUGUACCUUCCCAACCCCCUCCAGGCCGGGUGGGGAGAGGAAGGAGGGCCCGUGGGAGUGACCUUUCCCACUACUGGCCACACUGACGUCAAGUCUGUCCAAAGAAAUUCCACGGAACUGGCGACAGAUAAAAGGUCAGGUGGGGAGGGGCCCUGGUCAAGGGGAGAUGACCUUGGGCAGGUUGGGACAGGGCUCGCACCCAGGAAGCCUUAGGAUCUGAGGGUUCGAGAAGGGGCAGGAAGAGUGGCAGAAAUUUCAGUCGCAUUGAAGAUGGAAGUCCGAAUCAUUUCUUGGGCUGGGAGGAUCCCUUCAUUUCAUCCCUUCGAAUGAUAAGGCGCUGAGGGGCCUAUCACUGUGAGUUUGGGGUGGGGGCCCCAGGAGAGGGCAGCCAGUAUCCCGCCCUGCCUGUGCAGUGGGCUCCCUCCCGGGACCCCUCUCCCCACCGCCCCCCCAGCCGCUGCCACCCCUGCUCAGCAUGCUGGUCAGCCUGCGGCUUGCGGUCGCACUUCUUUCCACCAGAACGGCCUGGUGAGGACAAUUCAAAUAAGACGCAAAGAUCAAUGCAAAAAUUAUUGUUCUAUAUAAAUCUAGCGAUAACUGGAAUUUGUGAGAAAGCAAAUUAAGAAAGAAUUGGACGUUGUCAUUUAAAACAGCCUUCUAAUAAAGUUGUUUCAAAGCGGA